CUCUUUCCCUUAUUCUCCGUUUCCCAUUAAAACACUUUGUUUUUUUUUCUACGACUCAAAGCUCCUGUGUCAUCUUCAUCUCCUUCAACAAAUAACUCUUUUAAAACAGAUUCAAGCAAUUUGAACUCUUCCAUUAAUAAAGAGCUGCCUUCCCACAAAAUUCUCUUUAUUCUCUGAAGAAAAACAUUCAGCAUCUCCCAUUUUCUGAUGGCAUUGGAAACGGCUACUCCAAGUGCCCAAGUUGUUGGAAAUGCUUUUGUUGAGCAGUAUUACCACAUUCUUUACAAUUCUCCAGAGUUGGCUCAUAGAUUCUAUCAUGACUCAAGCGUGCUUAGCCGGCCGGACUCCAAUGGUAUGAUGACAUCAGUGACAACCAUGCAAAGUAUUAAUGAAAAGAUUCUUUCCUUGGAUUACAAAAAUUAUAAGGCUGAGAUUAAUACUGCUGAUGCUCAGAAGUCUUACAAGGAAGGUGUGACUGUGCUCGUAACUGGAUGUCUAACAGGAAAGGAUAACUUGAAGAGAAAAUUUGCACAAUCGUUUUUCCUGGCUCCCCAGGACAAUGGGUACUUUGUUCUAAAUGAUGUAUUUAGGUAUGUAGAGGAUGGUGAAUCCUUGGAGAAUCAGAAAGUUAAUGGCGUUUAUGAUGUUCCUAGAGUGCCUUCUGCAUCAGAACAUGAGCCUUCUCAAGGUGUGGAUCCUUCUCCAACAGAUGCAGCAACUGCUCUUGUGGAAGAGAAUCAAAAUGUUGUUGAGCAAGUCGCUGAGCAAGUUUCUGAGCCAUCAGACAAGGAAAGACAAUUGGUCAAUGAACAAGAGGCUCUUUCGGUAUCCCAGUCGCAUUCUCUUAGUAAUGAUAUUCCAGUAGUUGUUGAAUCAACUUCUUCAGCCCAAGAAGUUACACCGAAGAAAUCUUAUGCAUCAAUUGUAAAAGUACCAAAAGGGAGUUCAGGUCCAACUAGAGUUUAUGUCCCCACUAAUUCUUCUAGAGUGAUGCCCCGGGAAACUGAGAGCCAGCCUCUUUUGUCUCCAGCACGUGCUCCUCCAGAAGCAUCUGCACCUUCUAGCAUCGAUUUUGAUGCCACUGAGAGUAACGAUAUUCCUGAGGAAGUUGAGGGUCAUUCCAUUUACAUAAAGAACUUGCCCUUCAAUGUGACGCCUGCACAGCUGGAUCAGGAGUUCAAGAAAUUUGGACCCAUCAAGCAAGGGGGUGUCCAAGUUAGAAACAAUAAGCAACAGGGAUACUGUUUUGGUUUCGUUGAAUUUCUGUCUUUGAGCUCCAUGAAUGAUGCAAUUCAGGCAUCACCAAUUACAAUUGGAGACCGUCAAGCUGUUGUCGAGAUAAAGAGAACUUCAACCAGAGUUGGUAAUGAAAGAGGUAGCUUCCUACCCAGAAGAGGAGGGUUUCGAACCGACAGCUUCAGCUUCAGGGGUCGUGUAAAUUAUGUUGGCAACCGAGGCUUCGGCAGAAACGAAUAUGGGAACCGUGGUGAAUUUUCUGGUCGACCUAGAGGUUCAGCUUGGCGUGAAGGGAGAGGAAGGGGUGGUCGUUCAAGUGGACGGAAGCAGAUUUCUUCGACUUCAAACCCGAUCGAAUGAAACCCAUUUUUUAUUGGCAGAAAAAAUCUCUGAGGAUGAGGUUAGUACGCAACAUUUUGGACAUAUGUUCGAGUCGCUGACUUUUAUCGUUGUUCUCGGAAGAUGGAAGGCAUUGCAGUAGCUUAGAGAAUUUUGUGUAGGGCAUCUUGUUACUGUGGAAAACUUAAAGGUCAUCCUCAAGAUUUGAUUUAUUAUUUUACAUUUGAUGGAUAUCACUGAGUUUUUUGCUGUAAAGAGACCUCUAGCUUCAAAAUUCACGAUGGGAAGCUUUU